UCCAAAGCGAACAUCCCGAAAUCGUAUCAAACUGGAUUUUUCCCUCGUUGACAGGACGGCAAAGCAAUAUUUCAACUGUGGAAGUAUAUGAAAAACCUCCCCCGAGUGCUGCAUCAGUGUAUUUUGAUUUUGGUUUAGUGUUACAGUACAGUGCGUGACGCGCCUCGUGAAUGUAGUGUGUUUGGGGAAGAAUUGGGUGAAUUUUUGGGGUUUUCGUCCAAGAAGUGCGCAAAACAGUGCCUUGAUGUAAGCAUUUACAAAACUAUACCGAAUGUCCUGUCUGCCGUGAGGGACCCGUGCUCAGUACGUGGUUUUUUCUUAUGUGCCAUACCAACUCGCCAAUAGCCAACAGCCGAAUGAACAACUUUCAACCGCUUAUUCGAGUAAGGACGUGAGUUACGUGGUUUGCAGGUCGUAUAAGAGACUAGUCGACAGAAAGAUCUAGUGAGAUAUCCUAGCGUGCGUCCUGGGGGCGAGGGCCAUUUGAUACCGCACAAGAUCCACACCUAGUGACCAUUUGAACAGGAAGUAUCGACGGGAAUUCCCAAACAUUCGGGAGAAAAAAAAACAAAAUUAUAUUAAAUAAAAAUACGGUCAGACAAGCUGUUGGCAGCCAACUUCUGCUUUGGUGACUAUGAAAGAUCUGGUCGAUCUACCAACGACGCUACACCAACUCAACGCACAGCGCCCGAUCAAAAGCAAGCGCAACCGAUGGAACGUGGCAAUUUCGGACUUCGCCCGGCUCACGCAUAACCCGAUCCGUGCCAUCGUCGAGGGACUUAAUAUCCAACCGAACCCGAACAAACCGCUGAUCGCGCUCUCCAUAGGAGAUCCGACCACGUUCGGGAACCUCAAACCAUCGCCGGAAACAGUCGAAGCGAUCCGUCAGGCGGUCGAAGACGGCACCGGUAACGGGUAUGCGCCUGCGAACGGUCACCUGGAGGCAAGGGAAGCGGUCGCCCGGUACGUACAGCACCAGGGCCCAGUUACGCCGAACGAUGUGAUCCUGUGCAGCGGGUGCAGCAGCUCCCUGGACCUCUGCAUCUCGGUGCUCGGGGGUCCGGGCAAAAACAUACUGAUCCCGAAACCGGGCUUCUCGAUCUAUCGCACCCUGGCGGAAGGGUUCGGUAUCGAGUGCCGCACGUACGAUCUGCUGCCGGAACGCAACUGGGAGGCGGAUUUGGUCCAGCUGGAGCAGCUGAUCGACGAGCAGACGUGUGCGCUGGUCGUCACCAAUCCGGGCAACCCGUGUGGUAGCGUCUUUCCACGGGCCCAUCUCGAGGCGAUCGUCGACAUUGCCGAGCGCCAUUUUGUGCCGAUCAUUGCGGACGAGAUCUACGAACAUUUUGUAUUUCCCGACCAUGAAUUCCACUCCGUCAGCUCGCUGUCUAACCGAGUGCCGGUGCUGUCCUGCGGUGGACUGACGAAGCGCUUCCUCGUACCCGGUUGGCGAAUGGGCUGGAUCAUUGUCCACGACCGGGACGGUGUGUUCGGUGAGGUGCGCCGCGGUCUAGCAAACCUCUCCGUACGCAUUCUGGGUAGCAACACGCUGGUACAACGCGCUCUGCCGGCCAUUCUUGACAACACACCGCACGAUUUCUUCGAUGAUCUAGUCGCCACAUUGCACCGUCACGCUGAGCUGGCGUACAAGGGGAUCAAGCAGAUACGCGGCCUCAACCCGAUCAUGCCCGGUGGCGCGAUGUACAUGAUGGUGGGCAUUGAUGUCGAACAUUUUCCCGAGUUCCAAACAGACCUGAGCUUCGUCGAGGCGCUCGUCCACGAGCAGAGUGUGUUUUGUCUGCCCGGCCAGUGUUUCGAAUAUCCCAACUACUUCCGACUGGUGUUGACCGUGCCGGAGGAGAUGAUUGUCGAGGCUGUGAAGCGACUGGAGGAGUUCUGCGAACAGCACUACAAGUUCGACAACGACAUCCUGUUGCAGCAACAGAACGGACUGCUCAAUCAGAUGACACAGCUGUGAGGACCUCAUCGUAGGAAACAUUGUCUGUGUUAUACAACAAAACCAUUAUAGGUCAGAACCAUGUGGUAGAAAGAGAUUUACUUAGAGAGAUAUUAUCCUCACUACAUAUUCAGUGUGUAAGCUAUCUUUCUAUCUUGGGAAAUAAAGGUGCAUAUUUUUUUCUUUUUUUACAUAA